AUGGGGGCCCUGACCAGCAGGCAGAACAUGGGCGUAGAGGAGCUGGACAUCCCAUGCAGCUCAGUGUACAGAUACCCCCCCAAGUCUGGGAACUACUUUGCGAACCACUUCAUCAUGGGGGGAGAGAAGUUCGACUCGACUCACCCAGAGGGCUAUCUGUUUGGAGAGAACACAGACCUGAAUUUCCUGGGCUGCAGACCUGUCGCGUUCCCAUACGCUGCUCCUCCGCCUCAGGAACCAGUGAAGACACUCAGGAGUUUAAUCAACAUCAGGAAAGACACUCUGAGACUCGUACGAUGCAGUGAGGACCUGAAGUUGCCCGGUGACGAGGCGUCCAAUCAGAGCAGAGCUUGUUACAAUGUGGAGUUCACCUUCGACUCGGACACUCAGGUCGCCAUCACCAUCUACUACCAGGCCUCAGAGGAGGUGCACAACGGAGUCCCACUCUAUCUGCCUCAGGAGGGCGCUCUUCAGUCCGAAACAGUUCAUUUCAAAAGAGGAGUUUCUCAGCAGUUCUGUUUACCCUCACACUCUGUUAACCUGAGCGAGUGGGCCGACGAAGAGCUGGUGUUUGAUGUGGAGAAGGAGGUGUUCCCGAUGGUGGUGCAGGCCGUGGUGGACGAGGGAGAAGAACACAUGGGACACACCCACAUCCUGCUCGCCACCUUCGAGAAGCACAUGGACAACAGCUUUUGUGUGAAACCACUCAAACAGAAACAAGUGGUAGAUGGAGUGAGUUAUCUGCUCCAAGAGAUCUAUGGCAUCGAGAACAAGUACAACAGCCAGGAAUCAAAGGUGUCGGAGGAUGAGAUCAGCGACAACAGUGCAGAGUGUGUGGUUUGUCUGUCAGACGUCAGAGACACUCUCAUCCUGCCCUGUCGCCACCUGUGUCUGUGUAACGCAUGUGCAGACACUCUGAGAUACCAGGCCAACUGCUGCCCCAUCUGCAGGCUGCCGUUCCGAGCGCUGCUGCAGAUCAGAGCAAUGAGGAAGAAGAUCAGUGUGACGCCGACAAGCUUCAAUGCCGUCAUCACCUCCACCUCAGACUCAGAGGACACAUCUGCCUCAGAGCACAUCCCUGCAGGUUAUGAGGUGGUCUCUCUGUUAGAGGCUCUGAACGGGCCCCUGAGCUCCUCUCUGGGGGCCCCUGUGCAGUGUGGGACCAGCCAGGCCCCUCUCCCAGCCUACAGUGAACCGGAGCUGGGCACGGCCCGCACACACUCCCCCCCGGACCAUGGAGGCUCCAGCCACAAGCUGAAGAAGAGCUCCUCCAAGUCUCUUUCACAGAACUCCUCAGUGCUGCGCGAGGAGGACGAGAAGAGCUCUGAGUCCGACAACGGAACACACAAGAUGGCCGCCAGUCAGAAAGAGAGCGGUGUGACUCCAGACAGUGAGAAUGUUACACUUUCGUCGUCUGGAGCCAUCGACCAAUCGAGCUGCACCGGUUCCUCCACCAUCACCUCUCCAGAAGAGCCAGUGAGCUGCAGUCUCGCUCAGUCCGUCAUGUCGAUGGCGUCCUCUCACUCUCAGCACUCUCACAUCAGCACAGAUACUCUUUCGUCCAUGUCGGGCUCGUACCUGGCAGGUCCUGACCACGAGGGGGCGCUGGAGGAGGCGGCAGAGGACGCCCCCAUGGACAGUGAGAGGGGGCCAUCCCAGCAGGAGGAGGAUUUUCCCUUUGAACCGGAUCAGAACGACUCUUUAGCGCUGGUCGAGGAGCAGGAUUCAGAGGGAAACGACGUGACGGAAGAAGACUGCUCCUCGAACUCAAACGGAAAAGGUGGGCGGAGCCGCCGCGCAGAGCUGACCAAUAACAAUCAGGGCUGUGACACGCCCUCUUUGGGAUUGGACAAUGAGCCGGCUCAGGCUGACACGCGAUUCGCCGACCUGUUGUAUCUUGGAGGCUACAGACCAGAACCAAUGCACAGCUCCAACCUGAACCUGGACGAUCCGGGACCGGACCAGAACCAGGACUACAGAGAGACCCAAAGCCCCAGAGCCAGGCCGCGGGGACCCCUUUUCUUUUAG